GCAGCAUUUGGUCCUGAAAUUUUAAUUUUAUAGAGUUACCAUGUCUUGGCUCGCUGAUCUCGCUGGAAAGGCAGAGGAUCUACUCAACAGAGUUGAUCAAGGAGCUGCAUCGGCUCUGAGCAAAAAAGACACAGCAAGCAGUGCAGUUUAUGAUAAUAAGAAUUUGGAGUCUGCCAGUGAAUAUUCCGAAUUGUACCAGCAUACUGGAGAACUGAAAUAUCAGACGUCAUCCAAAGCAGCCUACAUCUCCUCAGCGGCUGAUAAUAUUAAACAUCAAAAGGCAACAAUCCUAGGAGGAACAGCACACGUUAAACCAGGACGUAGGACAUCUCCGGAGGUUGCUUCUCCAGUAGAAAGUGUUUCCACACCCAGAGCUGCCUCACAUUUUGUGAGAAGAAAAAAGUCUGCACCUGAUGAUGAGUUGCUAUUUGAUUUUCUCAACAGUUCAGAGAAAGAGCCUAAUGGAAGAAUGGACUCUAAAAAAGAGAAGAGCAAGGCACCUGUUCUUCAAAAUCACUCUCGGACUUCAAGCAUUAGUUCUAUGUCUACCAGUACACAGAGUGCAAAAACUACUGAAGAUAAUUCCAUCAGGAGCCAAGGCAACGAAACUCCAGACAGUUCAGAUUCUGGACUAGGAGCACAAGGGGAUGGCGUGAAGGAUUCAUUACCAAGUGCAGUAACUAAUCCUAGCCUUUCAGCUAAUGAUGAUUUCAAAUCACAUGAGCUAUCCAACCUUCGCCUGGAGAAUCAGCUGCUGCGGAAUGAAGUUCAAUCUUUAAAUCAGGAAAUGGCUUCAUUAAUUCAGAGGUCCAAAGAAACGCAAGAAGAAUUGAACAAAUCCCGGGAAAGGGUGGAGAAGUGGAAUGUUGACCAUUCAAAGAGUGACAGGAUGGUUAGAGAACUUCAGGCUCGAGUUGAUGAUCUGACAGAAGCUGUUGGUGCCAAGGAUUCACAGCUAGCUGUGCUGAAAGUACGGUUGCAAGAAGCUGAUCAGCUCUUAAGUGCUCGGACAGAAGCUUUGGAAGCAUUGCAGAGUGAAAAAUCACGGAUAAUACAAGACCACAGUGAAGGGAGCAGUUUGCAAAACCAAGCCCUUCAAACUCUUCAAGAGAGGCUGCGUGAUGCAGACUCCGCACUCAAGCGAGAGCAAGAAAGUUACAAACAAAUGCAGAAUGAGUUUGCAGCUCGUCUAAGUAAAAUGGAAGCAGAACGUCAGAACUUGGCAGAAGGGAUAACUGUAGCAGAAAGAAAGUAUUUAGAUGAAAAGAGGAGAGCUGAUGAGCUUCACCAGCAAGUCAAAGUAACUAAAAACCACCUAGAAUCUGCAAAACAGGAACUGACAGACUAUAAACAGAAAGCUACCCGCAUACUCCAAUCUAAAGAGAAGUUGAUAAACAGCUUAAAAGAAGGCUCUGGUAUUGAAGGGCUGGAUAGCAAUACUGCAAGCACGAUGGAACUAGAAGAACUGAGACAUGAGCGAGACACUCAGAGAGAAGAAAUACAAAAACUAAUGGGCCAAAUACAACAGAUGAGAACAGAGCUGCAGGAUAUGGAGACUCAGCAGGUAAGUGAAGCUGAGUCAGUGAGAGAGCAGCUUCAAGACCUACAAGAGCAGAUAGCAGCACAUAAAAUGGCCAAGCAAGAGGCAGAAGCUGAACUAGAACGGCAAAAACAGGAACUCCAUUAUACUGAAGAAGAUUUAUAUCGAACAAAAAAUACUUUGCAAAGCAGAAUAAAAGACAGAGAGGAAGAAAUUCAGAAGCUCAGAAAUCAGCUCACAAACAAGGCUCUAAGUAGUAGUAGUCAGACAGAAUUAGAGAAUCGGCUUCAUCAGCUGACAGAAACACUAAUUCAGAAGCAAACCAUGUUAGAGAGCCUGAGCACAGAGAAAAACUCACUUGUCUAUCAACUGGAACGACUUGAGCAACAGCUGAAGGCUAUCCAAGGCACUAAUACUAAUGGACCUUCCAUUAAUAUGGCAGGCAUUGAUGGUGCUGAAGGUGCUCGUAUGCGUAAUGUUCCUGUCCUGUUUAAUGAUAUGGAUACUAACAUGGCAGGAAUGUAUGGGAGAGUUCGCAAAGCUGCCAGUAGUAUCGAUCAGUUUAGCAUUCGGCUGGGAAUCUUUCUAAGGCGGUAUCCAAUAGCAAGAGUCUUUGUGAUCAUUUACAUGGCAUUGCUUCAUCUCUGGGUCAUGAUUGUUCUACUUACCUACACCCCAGAAAUGCAUCAUGACAGUCCCAGUGGCAGAUAGUCUGAGACAGAACCGUAUGCUGUGCUAGUGUAAUUUGGACUGGCAGGGUCUUUAGAAUAAUCAGUCCUGAAACAUCAGCAAACUUUUCCUCAUGGUGUUUAGGAAGACCGUCAUGCCUGAUCUAUCACUACUUUUCAAAUAGGUGUAUAAUACUAUGUAGCUUUUCCAAUUUACGUAAAAGAGUAUCACUUUCAUGGUGAAAUAAAGCUAUUAAGUUAAGCUAUGGUUAGCCUUUACAUUUUAUGUAGACCUUCUGGUGGUUAGAGUAAAAGAUAAGGCUUGCACCUACAGAGAAAUGCAAGGAUUUAUGAAAUUACAGAUACAUA